AUUUUAUUUUGAAAAAAAAGAAAAGAAAAGAAAUAAAUAUUUCAGGUGGCUAAAAUACGAGAGAAAUUUGAAAGUAGAACCUCAUGAAUUAUUAUAGCCUCACAAUUACAAGGCAAGCAGAACUGAAUACUCGAAAGCUGUAGUAGAUUUUUGACAAAACAGAAGUAAUAAUCCAUGGCCUUGAAUUUCAGUGCCUCUUCUCUUUCCCAUGUAUCCUCUUCUACCACCGGCCCUCAGUUUCUAAUCCCAGCACACAAGCACCUCCUCAAGCUCUACCCCUCUUCCUUCUCUUGUACUAAAACCUCUGCUCAAUCAGAAGGUGCUGCAAGUGGAGUUACAGAGCAAGACCCUUCUUCCUUUUCAGGGUCUCUGUCUUCCACACGCACACAGCUCGAUCUCCUGGAACAACUCACCUCUGCCACCCCAUCCGCUGAUGGUUAUGAGAGUGAUGGUGGUUCUGGUAAACUUACAAUUCGUGAGCAGCUGGCUCAAUUGGUUGGAGAAGGAGAUAAUGAUUUCAGCAUUCCACUGGGUAAAAAAAACUUGAAGAAAGUUAGUGCCAAGUUCUUAACUGUUUCACAGAAGAGAAACAUUAGAAGACAAGCUUACCUAAAUCAAGUAUCUCAAAGGAAUGAUUCAGUUUUCUUUGCCACCAUCGGAGCUUUCAUAAUUCUUCCGCCGAUUAUAAUCUUAGGAAUUGCCAUAUUAACUGGUUAUGUGCAGCUUUUUCCAUGAUACUAUACUCCUUAAAUUGUUGUAGAGAAAUUAUAGCUUGAUACUCCCAUAUAUAAAAAGCUGUUGCUUGUUA